CAAAUUUCUCCCAAAACUGAAGAGGGUUGGUGGAGCAAAAGAGAGGCUCAAGAUGGGCUCAAAUUACUGUUUUUGUCAUCAUCCAUACCAACAACAAUUCCCAUGAUAGUUUAUAUUUUACAUUUUUGCAGCCACAUGUUUCUGUUGUGAAGUUAAAUCCACGCUCCACCAGGAUAAUGGGUAGGUUUUUGUUUAACUUCACCCACUCUCUUGUGGUUGUGAGGCCGUAACUCAAGAUUCACUUUCUUAUUUCAAAAAUCUCUCAGCCUUCAAAAACACAUCACCCAACACUCCACCUUUUUUGCGCUCUUCUUUUUUACAUUUUCAUAGGACAUAUUCACUUCCCGUUUCUCUAAUGUUCUUGGAUUUAAUCGUCUGAGAGAAACAACUUUUAUUGUAUUCGAUUUUUUUUUUUAUUCUUUGGGGUGGUGCCUGCAAGAAUCGGCUCUGAUGGCAGAUGUGGCCAAGGAUCUACUUUCUGGGACUGUUGGAGGGGCUGCACAAUUGUUAGUUGGGCACCCAUUUGACACCAUAAAGGUCAAGCUUCAAAGCCAGCCUGCUCCACUCCCAGGCCAACCUCCCAAGUAUUCUGGUGCAAUCGAUGCUGUCAAGCAAACUGUCGCUGCUGAAGGCCCAAGGGGAUUGUACAAGGGUAUGGGGGCUCCUCUUGCAACUGUGGCAGCUUUCAAUGCCCUCCUCUUCACUGUGAGAGGACAAAUGGAGGCAUUGCUGAGGUCUAAACCCGGUGAACCCCUUACAGUUAACCAGCAGAUUAUUGCUGGAGCUGGAGCUGGAGUUGCUGUUUCAUUUCUUGCUUGCCCCACUGAGUUGAUAAAAUGCAGAUUGCAAGCACAAAGUGCCUUAGCAGGUUCUGGUUCAGUCAGUGUGGCAGUGAAGUAUGGUGGACCAAUGGAUGUUGCCAGGCAUGUUCUCAGAUCAGAAGGUGGUGCGGGGGGUCUUUUCAAGGGCUUGGUUCCCACAAUGGCAAGGGAGGUUCCCGGAAAUGCUGCCAUGUUUGGUGUCUAUGAAGCAGUGAAACAGUACAUGGCUGGAGGCCAGGACACUUCUCAGUUGGGAAGAGGCUCUUUAAUUGUGGCAGGAGGUGUAGCUGGAGCUUCAUUCUGGGGAGCUGUCUACCCCACUGAUGUUGUAAAGAGCGUUAUUCAGGUGGAUGACUACAAAAAUCCCAAGUUCUCUGGUUCCAUGGAUGCUUUUAGAAAGAUCCUUAAAACAGAAGGUGUCAAAGGCUUAUACAAGGGUUUUGGCCCUGCAAUGGCUCGAAGUGUUCCUGCAAAUGCAGCAUGCUUCUUGGCGUAUGAGGUGACAAGGUCUAGUUUGGGGUAAUUCUAUAUUGUCGGUCACAGGUUGCUGGCCAAGGAUUUGAGUGAACAUUAACCACUGUUAUCAUAUUGCUCAUUUAAAAGCCAUCUUCUAGUCAGUGAAUGAUGCCUCUUCAAUUAAAAGAAUUCUUUAGCGAUAUGGUAACAGGCUCCUUACGUUCUUAAGUUUUCUUCGAGUUAAAUUUGUGUUCUGGAAGAAACAUUCUUUCACAAAUAACUCUUACAGAACUUUCUCCUUUUCACAUUGUUCUUGCAAAUGAAUUUUAUGUUAAAGAUAUAAAUGGGAAGUGACAAUUGAUUUUUC